CUGUGAUAUAAGCUCUGUUUCCGAAUACAGUUUUUUUUUUUGGAAUAUAGGUUCUUCAAAUUGUGGAAGUGUUUUUUUCUGAGGAUGAUAGACAAAGGAUUUUCAGCGCAUCUUCCAGUCCUAGGCUAUGCCUUCUUUAUUGUUACCCUUCACCUUGUUAACGGAGAUCUGAGUUAUUCGUUUCCAGAGGAGAUAAAACGAGAGUCGAUUAUUGGAAAUAUAGCCAAGGAUCUCGGGCUUGAGCUAAGGACAAUAUCUUCCCGAAAGGUCCGAGUCGAUGUUGAGGGGACUCGGAAGCGCUACUGUGAUAUCAGUAUUAAUACUGGGGAUUUAAUAACGUCGGAGAGAAUCGACAGAGAAAUCCUUUGUGGCAAGAAACCUUCGUGUGUCGUCAAAGUAGAUCUGGUGCUAGAAAAUCCUUUUGAGCUUCAUCGUGUUAGUCUCCAUAUCCAAGAUGUGAAUGACAACUCGCCAAAAUUCAAAAAGAAUUUAACUGAAAUGGAAAUUGGGGAAUCUGCUGAAAAGGGUACCCGCUUCUCAAUCGAGGAGGCCCAUGACGCAGAUAUAGGUCAAAAUGCUGUUCAGCGGUACAGACUUCAGAAGAACGACUUCUUUAUUCUCGCUGUUGACAGCACAAAGGUUGAACUUGUCCUGGAGAAUAAACUCGAUAGAGAAAAAGAAAAAGAAAUUAAUUUACUUCUCACAGCUUUAGAUGGUGGAUCCCCACAGAGAUCAGGUACCGUAGUCAUCCACAUCACUGUACUCGAUGCAAAUGAUAACGCCCCAGUAUUUAGCCAGGAUGUUUAUAAAGUCAGUCUGCCUGAAAAUUCUCCUCCAGAUACAAUGGUGAUUAAGGUCAGUGCUACUGACCUAGAUGAAGGAGUGCACGGAGAAGUGACAUAUGACUUCGGUCAUUUGUCUGAGGACGAGGUAAAUGUGUUUUCUAUCGAUCAUAAAUCGGGAGAAAUCAGAGUAGCUGGUGCGAUUGACUUUGAAGAAAUUAAUUCUUUGGAACUGAGAGUACAAGCUAAGGAUGGUUUAGGGCUAACCUCUUACGUCAAAGUGUUAAUAGAGGUUACAGAUGUAAAUGAUAAUGCACCAGACAUUUUCCUGAAAUCCCUAUCCCACCCGAUACCUGAGAAUGUGUCACCUGGCACAGUGGUGGGCAUCAUUAACGUGCAGGACAGAGACUCUGAGAAUAAUGGACAGGUCAGCUGCUCUAUUCAGCAAGGCGUCCCUUUUAAGUUGGUUACUUCUAUUGAAAACUAUUAUUCCCUGGUGACCACGGGACACCUGGACCGGGAACUAGUCUCUGAUUACAAUAUUACAAUAACUGCCACUGACGAGGGCUCUCCACCUCUGUCCUCCUCUAAAACUGUUCAGUUAUCUGUAGCUGACAUCAACGACAACCCACCUGUGUUUGAGGAACAGUCAUACAGCGCAUAUGUGACAGAAAAUAACAAACCUGGCUCCACUUUAUGUUCCAUUACUGCUCGAGACCCUGACUGGAGACAGAACGGUACAGUGAUUUAUUCUCUGUUACCUGGUGAGGUGAAUGGUGCACCGGUGUCCUCGUAUCUGUCUGUUAACGGAGACACGGGGGUGAUCCACGCUGUGAGGUCGUUUGAUUAUGAACAGUUCAGGAGCUUUAAAGUCCAGGUGAUGGCCAGAGACAACGGUUCUCCUCCACUCAGCAGCAACGUGACUGUCAAUGUGUUCAUAUCUGAUGUGAAUGACAACUCUCCUCAGAUAUUGUACCCCACCACGGAGGGCAACUCCUUUAUGACCGAGCUGGUUCCCAAAGCUGCACACGGAGGCUCCCUGGUGUCCAAAGUGAUAGCAGUGGACGCAGACUCCGGACAGAAUGCCUGGCUGUCAUAUCACAUAGUAAAAUCCACUGAUCCUGGACUUUUCAGUAUUGGUCUCCACAGCGGAGAGAUCAGGACACAGCGGGACAUUUCAGAAUCUGACAACAUGAAACAGAAUCUUAUUGUGGCAGUUAAAGAUAACGGACAGCCCUCUCUGUCUGCCACCUGUUCCAUGUAUUUACUUAUUUCUGAUAAUUUGGCCGAGGUACCAGAACUGAAGGAUAUCUCAUAUGAUGAGAAGAACUCCAGGUUAACAUCUUACUUAAUCAUCGCGCUGGUGUCUGUAUCCACAUUUUUUCUGACCUUCAUCAUCAUCAUCCUGGGUUUGAGGUUUUGCCGCAGGAGAAAACCCAGACUGUUGUUUGAUGGAGCAGUUGCCAUCCCCAGCGCGUAUCUUCCUCCUAACUACGCAGAUGUUGACGGCACAGGAACUUUACGCAGUACUUAUAAUUAUGACGCCUACCUGACAACAGGAUCUAGAACCAGUGACUUUAAGUUUGUAUCAUCUUAUAGUGACACCACGCUGCCUUCUGAUCAGACCCUGAAGAAAAGCCCAACCAACUUUUCUGAUCCUUUUGAAGAUUUGAAGGCAUGUGAAGAGGUAAGGCAACUUUCUUCACUUCUUAGUAAAAUCUUUUGGUUGUAG